UGGUGAGGCCAGAAGCGCGGUGGUCAGUAUCGGGCCGCCAGCGCUGUCGACAUGUCCCGCAGGAGUCCCGAGGGCGACGUGAGACUGUCGCGCUCUCACAACCCCUCGCGCCCCUAACGCGCCAAGCGGGAUGGGACCGAAUGUAAACAUAAGCCAUCUAACAUAUUUAUUUGGGCCGAAAUGGCUCAGACGAGAGGACUACUCCUUUUAUUGUUUUGCGCACUCUGCACGGCAAACGGGGACGAUGAGGUAGAGUUCUUUGAUUUUCUAACCGCGGUGAGGAAUAGCGACCUCCCUGAGGGAGUGACGCGAAGCCUCGGCCGCUGUCAAUCGCCGGUAACACAAGAACUCGACUAUUCUGCUUUUAACCUCAAUGAAAAUGCCUCUUUACAUCAACUUGCUGCUGGAAUGUUCUACAACACUUUUCCUGAAGACUUCUCUAUUUUAGCUGUAGUUCGGAUGCCUAUAGGUACAGAACAAAAUCCCGUUUUCGUAUUAUACUCCGAUGCUGGCGACGAACAACUACAAUUGGUGGUGGGUGAUCUCAUAGAGUUAUACUAUGAGGACACGCGGGGAGAGCCAGCUGACCACGAACUAUUAACCUACCAUGUCAACGUUGCUGAUGGAAGGUGGCAUCGUAUAGCACUUAGUAUUAAAGGCGACUCCGUAACUCUUUUAGUAGAUUGUGAAAUAAAAGAAACUAUGCCUUUGGAUCGAAAACCAGGUAGCACGUUCAAUCUUGCCGGUCCCAUAGUAGUUGGUCUUCAAGCCACACCCGAUCAGUAUUAUGAAGGCGACAUAGAACUACUGCAAUUUGCAAAUAAACCAGAUGUUGCAUAUGAGAUGUGUAUUAACAUCGCCCCUGAUUGUGGAUCAGGUUUCGGCUUCAUACAUCAAGCACCCAGUAACAAUAUAUUUACAACAGGAAGGGAACCAGUUUUUAAACCUAUAGCUUACGAUAGAACAACGCCAAUAGACGUUGAUCCCACCACAGAUGAUCCAAGACGUUAUGAUAUCGGUAGAAACCGAUUUCCAGACCUGAAUCAAACUGACAAUAAUCUUUGGGCUAUGGCUGGUAGAGAUCUCACAACCGUCAGAGGAACUUGGCAAAUUACAGACUCUUAUAACGCAGUCACUGAACAACAUAUGCCUUUGACUGAUUCUGAUGAAAACAGCAUUUUCGGAAGAUUUACAGAUGAUCAAGAAUAUUUAACCGCUUUAACUGGUGCUCCAGAUUACACUGUCCCGAUUGCCAUUGGUUUCUCAUCACCUGGAUUACAAGAAACUACCACACCCAGGGACGUACCGCGCGUUACGCGAGAGGAUGUUGAUCCGGAAGUGGAGCUCGUAACCACAGAGGCGUCGUACACCCCUAUCACAACCACUGAGGAUACAGAUUGGCUCACGCAUCCGCCCGACGUAGGCGAGGGUAACUCGUCGUCAUACGAUUCGUCAGAGACUUAUUAUGACUAUGGGACUUCAAGUACAUAUUUGGGCCCUAGAGGGUACCCUGGGCCGCCGGGCCCACAAGGUCCCCGAGGACCUAAAGGAGAUCCAGGAAAACCCGGAUUAGAGGGACAACAAGGAUUUGCAGGCCCCCCAGGACAUGUUUUUGUCGUACCUUUGCAACAAUCAGGAAAUGACAAAGGACCUGAUGCACAAUCCGAAGCGCUACGUCAAAUGUUAUCACAACAUAUGAAUGCUAUGCGCGGUGCGGAAGGACCAAUGGGUUUAACGGGUCCACCAGGACCUGAGGGAGAGACCGGUGCAGAAGGUCCUAAAGGCGAACAAGGGGAACAAGGAGAACCGGGCCCACCAGGACCGAGAGGUCUACAAGGCCUUCCAGGUCGGGUUGGGCGCCGUGGACACGCAGGUAGAGAUGGUGAAAGAGGUUCUACUGGCGUCUCUGGUCCUAAAGGAGAACAAGGUUAUCCGGGCGUACCAGGCAUGCCCGGAGAUAAGGGGGAGAGGGGUAUUCCGGGAUUACAAGGGGAAGUCGGUUCCCCUGGACAAGACGGUCCUCCAGGGGACGAUGGACCACCGGGCCCACCUGGACACCCUGGAGAACUGGGACCCAGAGGUUUUAUGGGACCUAGAGGAUUCCCAGGAUUAAUUGGAUACCCAGGAAUACCGGGCACUGAAGGUCCACAAGGAACAAAAGGAGCAACUGGCCAGCCUGGCCCAUCGGGCCCACAGGGCCAACCCGGGGCAAUGGGGCCGACAGGCGCUCCAGGACCCCAAGGACCCAUUGGCGCUCCGGGAAUACAGGGUCCUCAAGGAAAACCAGGGAUUUCUGGGCUGCCAGGGCCUGAAGGAGUGCCCGGUACUCCAGGUAACCCUGGACAACAAGGUUCCCCAGGUGAAGUAGGACCACAGGGGCCGCAGGGAAUGUUAGGCUUUCCUGGCAUGAGAGGUUUAAAAGGAGACGAAGGACCGCGAGGUCUGCCUGGUGACAAAGGAGACAAAGGAAUAAGAGGCAUUGAAGGAGAAAAGGGUGAAAUGGGACCAAAAGGUGAACGAGGAUUGCCUGGUGAACCAGGGCCUUCAGGAAAUGAAGGGCCUGAAGGACAAAAGGGUGCUGAAGGUCCACGCGGGGAAACUGGAACUUCCGGUCCCACAGGGGAAAAAGGAGCUAUCGGGCCACCAGGUCUUCAAGGGUAUCCUGGUAGUCAGGGUGAAAAGGGAGACAAGGGUGCUUCGGGUAGACGAGGCCGAAGGGGCAAUAAGGGAAUAAUGGGACUAGUAGGAACACCAGGAGACCGAGGCGAAAUGGGACCCCGAGGGUAUAGAGGACCUCGCGGUCGGCGUGGUUCAGAUGGAGCGCCAGGACCCAAAGGUGAUACAGGGCAACCAGGUCCACCAGGGUCUAUAGGAGAGAGAGGUCCUCAAGGAGUCGAAGGUGUUCGAGGUUAUCCAGGGGCUAUUGGGCCCCCUGGUGCAGAUGGGAAACCCGGCUUACCCGGACCUGUAGGAGAACGUGGCCCUACGGGGGAACAAGGUGCUAUUGGGCCAGUUGGUCCUGCGGGAGCUGUUGGACCACAAGGACCUAACGGUGAACCAGGUCCACCUGGACCACCAGGUGCUUCGGGUAUUCCAGGAACACCAGGUGAUAUAGGCGCUCCAGGUGAAGUUGGAAAAGAAGGGCCACCUGGCCCACCAGGGCCUGAAGGCAAACCGGGACCCGUUGGAUCAUCUGGCCCGCAAGGACAUCAUGGAGAACCAGGAUUACCGGGAGCUGCAGGAACUCCGGGAAGUAAAGGUGAUAUGGGUCCAACGGGUCCUCCUGGUUUAAGAGGUGAUAAAGGAGAACCAGGUGAUCCUGGUCGUGAAGGACCGCAAGGACUUCAAGGCCGCGAGGGCCCUCCAGGUCCUCCAGGUCCCGGAGGUCAAAAAGGAGAAAUUGGUGAACCUGGCGCAGUUGGCCCCAUUGGACGCGAUGGCUUAACCGGACCUAGAGGUUUACCUGGCGCACCUGGACCAGUCGGUCCACCUGGAGAAGAUGGAGACAAAGGAGAAGCUGGACCACCUGGUGAGAAAGGUUUUAAAGGAGCGUCGGGAGAACCCGGACCACCUGGCGCACCAGGUGUUCAAGGGCUGCGAGGCGAAAUUGGCCCAGUUGGUUUACCAGGAGAAAAAGGCCCUCCCGGCGAUAGUGGUACUCCUGGACCUCCGGGCACAGAUGGAGUUCGAGGCCCACCGGGACCUACAGGGCCCGCUGGAGCACAGGGAAUGAAAGGGCAACAAGGAUUAAAAGGAGAUAUGGGAGACACUGGACCGAUUGGGCCGGUAGGGCCAGCUGGCCCAGCAGGUCCACCGGGACACAGAGGAUCCAAAGGCGUUCAAGGAGAACCGGGACCCAGAGGAGCAGAGGGACAACAUGGAGACAUUGGCAGCCCUGGAAUACCAGGAUUACCGGGGCCACAGGGGCCUGAAGGAAAACUUGGACCUAGGGGACCCACUGGUCCCAAAGGAGAUGAUGGAGCUUCUGGAUUACAAGGAGAACCAGGGCCAAAAGGUCUUCCUGGACCGGAAGGUCCAAAAGGCGAAGCUGGUCCUGCAGGUUUGCCAGGAGAACGAGGAGAACCUGGACCCCAAGGAAUAAAAGGCGAGCCUGGAGUAGAUGGUCCGGAAGGAAGUACAGGACAACCAGGGCCAUCAGGACCUGUCGGUUUACCAGGAAAACCAGGCGAAUCUGGGAUGCCUGGCAGCCCAGGUACAGAAGGGCCUGCAGGCCUUCAAGGCAGCCCUGGCCUACCAGGAGAAAAGGGAGACAUGGGUCCAAAGGGAGCACCUGGUGAAAUGGGACCAACUGGCCCCGCUGGGCAACCGGGUCCUGAAGGCCAACGUGGAAUUCGAGGACCACCAGGAACCAGCGGCGAGACAGGGGCUCCUGGAGUGAUGGGACCAGCAGGGCCCCCAGGCAAAGCUGGCCCUAUUGGCUCACAAGGCAUUAGAGGCGAAAAGGGCAACAGGGGACCUAAAGGGCACAUUGGCGAUACAGGACCAAUGGGAAUAAAGGGUGACCAGGGCGAAGUUGGUAAGCCAGGUCCACCAGGGCCAGCAGGACCUAUGGGCCCUAAAGGCGAUUUGGGUCCCGCAGGGGGUCUAGGGCCUAAAGGAGAUGCGGGACCAAUCGGCCUGCUUGGCCCAGAAGGCCCGAUAGGAAAUAAAGGUGACCCAGGACCCGAAGGUAGACCAGGCCUACCAGGUCCACCAGGCGCUCCUGGGCCACCAGGACCUCCUGCACCUCCACCUCAGAUACCACAAGAACUGUACUCUUCCUAUAGACGACGCCGUAGCAUAGAUGCAUCGUCCUCUAUGGAAUCUGCAACUGAAGACAUCUUUGAUGAAGACGAAGAGGUAGGUUGGAUGAAAGACAUCAUGGCAGGAGUGAUAGCUGCACAAAGCGCAUUAGAAGCGGCCAAGCGACCACGCGGCAGUCGGAAUAAUCCCGCGCUCUCAUGCCGUGACUUGCGCACUUCACACCCUAAUAUGACAGAUGGUCAUUAUUGGAUUGAUGCACGCGGAGGAAGUGGCAUCGGGCGUCCAAUAAGAGUGUACUGCAAAAACUAUAGCACCUGCUUAUACUCGGACGUCACGCAGCCCGGCGUAUACAACAACGAUAACACUAUGCAUAGGUUCUCCCAGAUGAACAAUGGAUUCCGUAUAACAUACGAAGCAGAAUCGGCUGGAUCCAUACAGUUACGAUUUUUAAGACUACUUUCAAACGGCGCCAGGCAAAAUUUUACCUACUCCUGUAUCAACACAAAAUUACCACAAAGAUCCGAUAUUCCUGCCGAUUUAAUUAGAGAGAGGAACCUAAGGAUAUUUGGUUUUAGUUCAACAGAAUUCAGAGAACCACAAAUAGUCAAAGAUGACUGCAAGGAAGGAUCAGGGGAGAUAACAUUAGAGAUCAAAACCUCUCGGACCGACAGACUGCCCAUAACGGACUUUCAACCAUUAUCCUUUGUGGACGCAGAACAUCAGUUCACAUUCACAGUGGGACCAGUGUGUUUCACAUAACACUAGUUUUACUUACUUUAAGAUCGUGAUAUACUUUUUUAAGGAUUAUUUAUAUUAUGUACUUAAGAGCGGACCUUUGUAAAUAUGUAAAUAAAUGUUGUGGCGAUAAAUC